GCCGUCUUGCGAGAUGCCUGGCAUAUUGUAGACACCUCCAGAAGGACACCGACUCCGUUCCACUCAGUCUCUCAGCCGGUCUCCCUCUUCCUGGUCUCUACCUCCACCCUGUAUGAUCCUGACAAACCAUCUUCUUUCCUCCAUCAGGAUGAAGAACCAAAAGAAAAAGAGAGGGUUUAUUUUUCUCUUAGUCUUCUUGGUUACUCUUCCUUCCUCGUUGGGAAGGCAAACGUCAGACUAUGCUCCCUAUUUCUACGACAAAGGACCGAGCAGCACCAAUGGGAAUAUGGCUCUCUUCAGUAUCUCAGAAGACACACCAGUCGGAACACAGGUAUAUAUCCUAAAUGGCACUGACCCAGAGGGGGAUGCCGUGUGGUUUGGCCUGACCUUUGAGAAGGGCACCAGAGAAUACCUGAGAGUGGACCCCAAAUCAGGAAACAUAACUCUCAUUCAGGAACUAGACAGAGAGAAACAAGGUGAAAUCUCAGCUCUCGUUAGCAUAACAGAUGGCCGGAAUAAGGUUGUCGAGACGAUACGGGUGUUUGUCACCGAUGCCAAUGAUGAAGAACCAGAGUUCCAGAACCUGCCUUUCGCCGUAGACGUCCCAGAGGACACUCCAGCUGGAAGCAGCAUUUACAGAGUGCAAGCGGUGGAUAAAGACAUGGGCUCUGGAGGCAGUGUCACCUACUACUUACAGGGAACUCCUACUACCAAGUUCACCAUCGAUGGCCACAGUGGGGUCCUGCGGAUCAAACCAGGCGAGACGCUCGACUUUGAGACGACAACGUUACACUUUGUGAUGGUGGUUGCCAAGGAUGGGGGCGGGCAGUACAAAGGGAAGCAUCAGGUGUUGACAUCUACAGCCACCAUAACCAUCAACGUCCUCGAUGCCCAAGACACUCCUCCAGCCUUCGUUGGAACUCCUUACUUUGGCUACGUCUACGAGGUCUCAGUUCCUGGUUCUGAAAUAGCCACUGUGUUUGCCAAAGAUGGUGACGAAGGAAACCCUAAUCCUAUUCAUUACUCUAUUACCAAUGGUAGUGAGGAUGUCUUCACCAUCAACAGCACAACUGGUUGUAUCAGCCUAACAACUUAUCCAGUCACGCUGAGGAAUGAAUUAUAUGAAAUCAAAGUCAAGGCCACUGAGCUGGGGCCUAGCGAGGAGCUGUUGGACUACAAUGCCAUGACUAUGGUGACGGUUCGAGUGGUGGAUCUCAACAACCACCCUCCUACCUUCUACGGAGAGAACGGGCCCCAGAGCCAGUUCGAGGUGACCAUGUAUGAGCACCCACCAGAGGGGGAGAUCCUCAGGGGGCUGAAGAUAACGGUCAACGACUCUGAUCAGGGGGCGAAUGCUAAAUUUAAACUGAGAUUGGUAGGGCCUGGUCGUGUACUCAGAGUGGUGCCCCAGACGGUCCUAAAUGAAGCACAGGUCACUGUCAUCGUUGAAGACUCUGCUGCCAUUGACUAUGAAAAAGGCAAAUCCUUAACAUACAAGUUACUGGCGGUGGAGAUUGACACCCCUGAGAGGUUCAGUGCGACAGCUGAUAUUGUGAUUCACCUUUUGGACACCAAUGACAACACUCCCAGGUUCACCUCAGAGUAUUACAUGGCACGUAUCCCGGAGAACUCCCCCGGAGGCUCCAACGUUGUGUCUGUCACCGCCAAUGAUCCAGACUCUGGUCUUUGGGGUGAAGUCAAGUACUCCAUCUAUGGAUCCGGAUCUGAUUUGUUUCUCAUCCACCCGUCCUCAGGCAUCAUCUACACCCAGGCCUGGGCCACUCUGGAUGCUGAGGUCAAGUCCAAGUACAACUUCUACGUGAAGGCAGAGGACACAGAGGGAAAGUACAGCCUGGCGGAGGUGUUUGUCACUGUCCUGGACAUGAACGACCACGUUCCAGAGUUUGAUGACAGCUUUGUGGAGAGGACCAUGAUCAUCGGUGCACCUGUUAGGGUAGAGGCCAUAGAUGCUGAUGCAGAGUCGCCCAAUAACGUCAUUGAGUAUUCCAUUAUGCAAGCUGAGCCGGACAACAUCUUCGACAUCAACGCAGAGACUGGCGAGAUCAAGCUCAAGUCGUACAUCAAGUCCAUGGAGAUCGUGCAGAACAUCACCAAGCAGAAGGACUGCAGGUGGUCUCUGGUAGUCCAAGCCCGGGACCGAGGGUCUCCGUCCUUCAGCACUACCGCCGUGGUCAACAUCGACAUCACUGAGGCGAUCAAAGCUCGAAUAAUUGCAAACUUCCUGAACCUCAUCAAGCGCCCAUCAAAUGUCAUUGGACUUUUUUUGGGCAUAGUCGGCUUCACAAUCUUACUAACAAUCUGUAUAUCCACUACCUUGUACUGUAGAACAGUGAAGAAAGCUCGCAUCAACCCCCAGGCCAAUUUCAUCAGAGUUAUCCGAAGGCCCAAAUGAUCAUGAGACCCAUCCCACUGGACUAUACAGACUAUGUUUUAUAUAUCACCUUAUUAUGUCUGCAAGACAUCACUUUGAUACUUUAAAGACAAUAUAUUUUUUUUACUUCUUUGUCUGUAAAAGAGUAGCAAAGCACAUUAUAAAGGAUAGGAUUUUUCUAUUGGAUUCUUGUAUUGGUAUUUGGUAUAUUAUUAGGAUCCCCAUUAGCUGUUUCCGAAGGCAGCAGCUACUCUUCCUGGGUUCCACACAGAACAUGAAAAUUGACAUAAUACGGAACAUGAAUAGACAAGAUCGUGUCAAGGACGGGACUACAUACUGGAGCACAUUAUACAGGAGAGUACUGGAGUACAUUAUACAGGAGAGUACUGGAGUACAUUAUAAAGGAGAGUACUGGAGUACAUUAUACAGGAGAGUACUGGAGUACAUUAUAUAGCAGAGUACUGGAGUACAUUAUAAAGGAGAGUACUGGAGUACAUUAUAAAGGAGAGUACUGGAGUACAUUAUAAAGGAGAGAACUGGAGUACAUUAUAUAGGAGAGGACUGGAGUACAUUAUAAAGGAGAGUACUGGAGUACAUGUUAAAGUAGAGUAAUGGAGUACAUGUUAAAUGAGAGUACUGGAGUACAUUAUAAAGGAGAGUACUGGAGUACAUUAUAAAGGAGAGUACUGGAGUACAUUAUAAAGGAGAGUACUGGAGUACAGUAUAUAGGAGAGUACUGGAGUACAUUAUAUAGGAGAGUACUGGAGUACAUUAUAUAGGAGAGUACUGGAGUACAUUAUAUAGGAGAGUACUGGAGUACAUUAUACAGGAGAGUACUGGAGUACAUUAUAUAGGAGAGGACUGGAGUACAUUAUAAAGGAGAGUACUGGAGUACAUGUUAAAGGAGAGUACUGGAGUACAUGUUAAAUGAGAGUACUGGAGUACAUUAUAAAGGAGAGUACUGGAGUACAUUAUAUAGGAGAGUACUGGAGUACAUGUUAAAGGAGAGUACUGGAGUACAUGUUAAAGGAGAGUACUGGAGUACAUUAUAUAGGAGAGUACUGGAGUACAUUAUAAAGGAGAGUACUGGAGUACAUGAUAUAGGAGAGUACUGGAGUACGUUAUAAAGGAGAGUACUGGAGUACAUUAUAAAGGAGAGUACUAGAGUACAUUAUAAAGGAGAGUACUGGAGUACAUUAUACAGGAGAGUACUGGAGUACAUUAUAUAGGAUAGUACUGGAGUACAUUAUAAAGGAGAGUACUGGAGUACAUUAUACAGGAGAGUACUGGAGUACAUUAUAAAGGAGAGUACUGGAGUACAUUAUAAAGGAGAGUACUGGAGUACAUUAUAAAGGAGAGUACUGGAGUACAUUAUAAAGGAGAGUUCUGGAGUACAUUAUAAAGGAGAGAACUGGAGUACAUUAUAUAGCAGAGUACUGGAGCACUUUAUAAAGGAGAGUACUGGAGUACAUUAUAAUGGAGAGUACUGGAGUACAUUAUACAGGAGGGUACUGGAGUACAUUAUAUAGGAGAGUACUGGAGCACAUUAUACAGGAGAGUACUGGAAUACAUUAUAUAGGAGAGUACUGGAGUACAUUAUAAAGGAGAGUACUGGAGUACAUUAUAAAGGAGAGUACUGGAGUACAUUAUAAAGGAGAGUAGUGGAGUACAUUAUACAUGAGAGUACUGGAGUACAUUAUAAAGGAGAGUACUGGAGUACAUUAUAAAGGAGAGUACUGGAGUACAUUAUAAAGGAGAGUAGUGGAGUACAUUAUAUAGGAGAGUACUGGAGUACAUUAUAAAGGAGAGUACUGGAGCACAUUAUAAAGGAGAGUACUGGAGCACAUUAUAAAGGAGAGUACUGGAGUACAUUAUACAGGAGAGUACUGGAGUACAUUAUAAAGGAGAGUACUGGAGUACAUUAUAAAGGAGAGUACUGGAGUACAUUAUAAAGGAGAGUACUGGAGCACAUUAUAAAGGAGAGUACUGGAGCACAUUAUAAAGGAGAGUACUGGAGUACAUUAUACAGGAGAGUACUGGAGUACAUUAUAAAGGAGAGUACUGGAGUACAUUAUAAAGGAGAGUACUGGAGUACAUUAUAAAGGAGAGUACUGGAGCACAUUCUAAAGGAGAGUACUGGAGUACAUUAUAAAGGAGAGUACUGGAGUACAUUAUAAAGGAGAGUACUGGAGUACAUUAUAAAGGAGAGUACUGGAGCACAUUAUAAAGGAGAGUAGUGGAGUACAUUAUAAAGGAGAGUACUGGAGUACAUUAUACAGGAGAGUACUGGAGUACAUUAUAAAGGAGAGUACUGGAGUACAU